AUGUCAAAGAGAGCAGCUGAAGUUGCCUUUCAACUGCUUGACAUAUUCUUUUUGUUUGGAGCCCCUGCCUUACUGCAAAGUGACAAUGGUUCUGAAUUCACAGCUAAAGUCAUCUCAGAGUUGAAAGAACUUUGGCCACAGCUUAUCAUGGUCCAUGGUAAACCAAGACAUCCACAAAGCCAGGGUUCAGUAGAACGAGCCAAUGGUGAUAUCAAGGACAUGUUGCAUGCAUGGAUAGCAGGUAACAAGACACAGGAUUGGUCUAUUGGCCUUUGUUUUGUUCAACACCAAAAGAACUCUGCUCAUCAUUCCGGUAGCAAGUGUACUCCAUCCAAAGCAUUGUUUGGCACUGAUCCUAGGGUGGGUCUGGCAUCGUCGAGUCUUCCUCUACAGGUCCUUGAAAGAUUACAAUCAGAAGAUGACUUGCUCGCCCUCUUUGCUAGCCCUUCAGAAGAUGAAGUCCUUGCUCAAGAUCCCCAGCCCCCACCAGCAUCUGCAGCACCAGCUCCCACCUCUCAACACUUGCUCAAAACCCUCAACCUUCGCCUCUUACCAGAGUGA